AUGACUGUUUUUGCAUCGUGUUCCAGCGAAGGGAGUGCCAAGGUGACGUGGCUUGGGGAGUCGUUCCACCACAACAACCCGCACUCGAUUUUCCGGUGGCCAAGCGUGGUCUUGCUGCUCUUUGAAGUGGUGGCAUUCGUGGUGGCCUACUCACUCGGAGGGGGUCCCGUGUUGGUUGGAGACUCUCUGUUCCUCAUCUGCGUGCUUGCGCUCAACGUUAUACUUGUGAUCUGGGAGACGAGGCUACGUCACAUGGAAAUGAGGCACCGCGCCCAAGCCAUGGUCAACACGCUGGCUAGUAUAACCUCCCGAAUUAACGUGAUCAUCUGCGCUUCCGCAUUGUCGUUUUCCUUCGCCCACUUCUCGCAAAAGACACUCUGGGUCACGGAAGCGGCGACGAAGCGCCCUUGGAGCACCUCGGACUACGCUCCACUGUUCCAGCCGGCGUCGCCGUGCAUCAGCCUCCAGUGGGCCGUGCGCGAUGGCCGUCUGGUCAACGUGCCUGUGCACCUCCUGGUCGAAGGGGACGUGGUGGUCGUCCGGCCGGGACAUCAGGUGCCGGGAAAGUGCAGCCUAGUCACCAAGGGCAAGGAAGCACCGCUGGUUCUGGAGGAGAAAGAGACGUUUGUCCCGGAGACAGGCAUCGGCACGUGUGCCACCUUCACGGGGGCUCGGCUGCGACGGCCGGUUGAGCCUCGCCACUUUGUCAUGCUUGAAGUGCCUUACGUCAAGUUCUUCAGGUUGUGCCUGGAGAACUCGCUCAUGCGACCCGUCUCGAUGUUCGCCAAGGAACUGCACCACGUCAACAGCACGUACCUCGAGCGGACUGUGAUUGGCAUUCUGGUACUGACGACCGUGCUGAAGCUGGCCCAGUGGCGCUACCUGGGAGACCGGGCCGGCAGCGUCAAAGAGUUGGUGUUGCAGCCCGCCCUGGCCAUCCUGCCCCUGCUGCCGCUGUCCCUGCCCGCACUCUGGGUGGGCCUGCAUGCACUGGGCACAGCGAGGCUGCAUCUCAUGGUGGCCGCUCAAGAACACAUGGCUGUGCAGCGUGCUCACGACGACCCUUUUGAGGAAGGUGACGAGGUGGAGUCAACGCACCCCGACGGAUCGGACCUGUCGUGGGGCCAGGUGCAGCCGCUGUUCUUGUCCCUGCUCCGCGGCAAGGCUCCGCACCUGUGGAGGACCUCCAGCCUCCUGCACGUCCUCGGCAGCGUCACGACCCUGUGCUGCGUCGACAAAAAGGGAAUCCUGUCGUGGCCGAACCCAACGCCCGAGAAGGUGUUCUUCCUGAAGCCGCCACGGUCUAGAGGGAGCAACGGUCUCGCACCAAACUUUGGCGGAUCGGGCAACAUCCGCCACUCUGGCCAACUCGACGCGGGCUCGGACAUCAUAACGGAGGACAGGCCGACUUCACCCGGUGCCGGCGACUCGGUCCUUGAGGGGGGCAAGGGGCUGACCGUUGACAAUGGACCCCUAAGGCGCGAGUCCAGGUUGUCGGGCUACGAUGCACCUGACCACAUGUACCACCCGGGCACCCACGUUGAGGUGCUGGACCUGACCCACAGCAUGCUGUCAGCCUUCGGGGUCCAGUUCGACGACCCUCAGUGGAAGGACUACAUCAACAACCUCAAGCCACUCGGCCUCAGCAUUUUGCUCAACACGUGCAAUCCGGCCACCCAGGAGAAAUACGCUCGCUUCUGCGAUCACAUUGCCUGCGAGAGCCUUCACAACGAGUCGGCCGUUCCCGUCGUCAACAAGCGAUGCCUCUGCGACCUGGCCGUCCAGAUGGGCUUCACUGACCGAGCAGUUGAGGCAUACCAGCAUCUUCAACACGUGGCACUCUUCAGGCAUGUGCAACCUGAAGUGGUCCAGAAAGGAAGGCUGGCCCGGUCGCUCAACUUUCCGCGCCUCAAGAUGCCAUUUCCCAGCAUGUGCUGUGCGGUCGUCAAAGAGGCCCUGUCAGGAACGCUGCAGAUGUUCACCCAAGGCACUGCGGACCUCGUCCUGGACAUGUGCUCCGAGUACUGGGACGGCCGGGACCUAUGUCCGCUGAGCGACUCCGACCGCAAGCGUAUCCUGGACUUCUACCAGCGGUCCAGCCUGACGUCCUACUGCUUGGCGUUUGCCUAUGCUCCGCUGCUGCCGUCGCUGCUCCUCAACCCGGCUCUCGAAGGCAGCUACCUCCAACUUCCGCCUGACAGCAGUCACCUGUUCCGUUCCUCUGGCAAGAAGGUGGGCGGGGCGGCGCUGACGCUGGGCGUCGCUUCGGACGACAAGACACAGAGCCACCACCUGAGCACAGACUCGGUGAGCCACGAGGAGGAGACGAUGGCGAUGGACGCGGCCGGCCGGGAGCAGGCCCUGGAGGCCACCGUGGAGCGGCUCAGGAACCAGGUGUUCAUCGGCAUGGUCACCAUGCAGUACCAGGCCUGCCCGGACUUCGUGAAACUUGUGGAGCAGCUCGAAGAUGCCUGCAUUCGAUUUGUUCAUUUCUCCAAGGAGAACGAGCUGCGCAGUCGGGGCUUCUCUGAGAAGAUGGGCCUCGAAUCGGGCUGGAACUGCCACGUCUCCUUGCUCAGCGACAGGCAUAGGACCGACAGCAAUGCAUCGACGUGUCAUCAGUCACAGGUGUCGGCGAGGAGCGUGACGUCCGUGCCGUCGAGCAACGUGGCUGUUGUGGCGGUUGACCCCCACGGAGUCAGCAUCGUGGACGGCAAGGCAACGAACGCUCCACCACGCAGCAUCAGUGCCCCCAACCUGGUGCACUCCGAGCUGAUCGGCAGUCGCUACGGUGAUUCGCCGCAGUCUCGUACAAGUGUCAACAGGACUGGGAACAAUGCGGAAGGCACCGUGAGUGGCGACGAGUCGACCCGCUGUGGACCCACGGUGACUCGGCGUGCCCUUCCGAGCAGUGCCACCGAGAGCAGCACCGAUAGGGGAGCACCGGUUGCCUUCGACAUCUCCAAUCGGGCCAAGCUGCCUCGGGGCAUCGAGAACAUCCGGCCGCACAUCGAGCACGUGGACAACGUGCCCCUGCUGGUGUCCCUGUUCACGGACUGCACCCCCGAGGCCACCCUGGAGAUGGUGCGCAUCAUGCAAGAGUACGGCGAGGUGGUCGGGUGCAUCGGCAGUGCAGCCAGCCUCUACAACCUGCCCGUCUUCCUGCAGGCCGACUGCAGCAUAGCUCUGGAACCACUGGCCCCGCAGUUGUGCGCGCGGCAGCUCGCACCAUCGCCACUGCCGUCGGCCAGGGUGUCAAUGACUCCUCGGGCCCUGGCCCACACCCUUGGUUCGUUGCCCUGUGUGCUGAGCAGUCCGCGUGAGAAGAGCCUCAGCCUGUAUCAUCUCAUCUGGGAGGCACGCCACUUCAGCCAAGCAGUGCGCAGUGCCAUGCAGUUCCUACUCUGCUGCUGCCUGAGCCUGGCCCUGGUUCAGACGCUGGCUGCGCUGGUGGCGUUGCCACCCGCACUCUCGCCCGCGCAGCUGCUGUGGCUGCUGGGGGCGCUGCUGCCCGCGCUUGCACUUGCACUCGUGUUCGGCAGCAGCGCCCACGACAAUCCGCGGGUCAUGACCACAGCGACGGGCAAGAGUCACCCGCGUGUCAACCGUCAGGUGGUGCUGUUCUUCAUCUGCUGCUACUGUGCCAAGUUCUGCCCAUCCGUGCUAGUCACACUGGCUUGCUUCGCCUUGGCGCUCGCCCAUUCCUGCCAGACAAGCGGCUUCACCCCAUGCUGGCCAUUCUUCUCUCAUGGAGGGUCAUCCGAGGAAGCAACGGGCACUCCAGCCGUGUCCUGGGUCUCUGGUCUGGCCCUGUGCCAAAAUGUCGCUGCCUUCUUUCUAGUCCUGUACUUCGAAGUAGGGAAGGGCGUGGACGAUUACCGAGCCCAGAUGACGAAGGCGCUGAAGGACAUGCGCCAGGAGGCGGACCAGAAGCUAGGCUCGACCAAUAAAAGCUUCGCAACAUUCGAGCAGCAGGUGAAGAAAGUGGCCCGGACCGCUGUCGGCUGGUACGAAAUCGCCCUCGGCUUUCUUCUCUUCGUCAUGAUCGUCAUCGUGGGACAGUACAUCGCCGCCAUCCAGGCCCAGUUGUGGCACAUCAAUAAAGGCUUCUGCGGCUUCUACAUGGGCAGCUGGAUGCUCUGGACGGCCGUGGUGAUGUUCCAGGUGCUGUUCCCCAUGGCACUGGCCGUCUCGACCAUUACAAUGGCGGUGGGAACGGUGGUCGACCGGCUCAUCUGCCUGCCGGCCCAGGACCCCGCGUCGGAAUCUUCACGCGCCGUCAUGGACUACUUGAUCGAUCUCGCAUUGAAGUUUGACCGCUACCUCACUACAGUGGGAGGGCAAAGGGACUUGAAGUGGGAAAAAAAUAACAGGGAAGAUGCCUAA